UCCGGCGCUCGGUUCCAGCGGCUAUAAAGCAUCCUGAUCCCGCCGUCUCCUUUUCGCAUCGCCCAGAUCUCAACAAUUUCCACGCUCACGAUCUGUCACAAUGGUCAAAGUUCUGGCUGUUCUGUACGACGGCGGCAAGCACGCCCAGGAGGUGCCCGGCCUCCUCGGAACCACCGAAAAUGAGCUCGGUCUCCGUAAGUGGCUCGAGGACCAGGGCCACACCCUGGUGACCACCUCGGACAAGGAUGGCGAGAACUCGACCUUUGACCGGGAGCUGGUCGACGCCGAGGUCAUCAUCACCACCCCCUUCCACCCCGGCUACCUGACCGCCGAGCGCCUGGCCAGGGCCAAGAAGCUCAAGUUGUGCAUCACGGCCGGCGUCGGCUCCGACCACGUCGACCUCGACGCGGCCAACAAGACCAACGGCGGCAUCACGGUCGCCGAAGUCACCGGCUCCAACGUGGUCUCGGUCGCCGAGCACGUCGUCAUGACCAUCCUGGUGCUGGUGCGCAACUUCGUGCCCGCGCACGAGAUGAUCGAGGCCGGCCGGUGGGACGUGGCCGAGGCGGCCAAGAACGAGUUCGACCUCGAGGGCAAGGUGGUCGGCACCGUGGCCGCCGGUCGCAUCGGCGAGCGCGUGCUGCGCCGCCUCAAGCCUUUCGACUGCAAGGAGCUGCUCUACUAUGACUACCAGCCGAUGUCGCCCGAGAAGGAAAAGGAGAUCGGCUGCCGCCGCGUCGAGAGCCUCGAGGAGAUGGUCGCCCAGUGCGACGUCGUCACCAUCAACUGCCCGCUGCACGAGAAGACGCGCGGCCUGUUCAACAAGGACCUGAUCGCCAAGAUGAAGCCCGGCUCGUGGCUCGUCAACACGGCCCGCGGCGCCAUCGUCGUCAAGGAGGACGUCGCCGAGGCCCUCCGCACCGGCCACCUGCGCGGCUACGGCGGCGACGUCUGGUUCCCCCAGCCCGCCCCGGCCGACCACCCCCUGCGCACCGCCAAGAACCCCUUCGGCGGCGGCAACGCCAUGGUGCCCCACAUGUCGGGCACCUCGCUCGACGCCCAGAAGCGCUACGCCGCCGGUACCAAGGCCAUCCUGGAGAGCUACCUGUCGGGCCGCUUCGACUACCGCCCGGAGGACCUGAUUGUGCACAACGGCGAUUACGCCACCAAGGCGUACGGCCAGAGGCAGACGCGGUCGUAGGCUGAUGAAUUUGCGUAGGCUGGUGAAUUUGGUGGGUGGGAAGGUUUCUAUUUUUCCUGCGCUUCCGUUCGGAAUUAGGAACGAAGGGCCGAGGAGGAUCAAAUUGUGUAUAAUCACCGCCGGCAUGUGCCCGCUGAGAAUGCGCAGCGUGUGCUGGAUGCGUAUUUUGGUUAGUUAUGAGUUAUGAAGGAAUAGGAACUAGUUACCAAGUCCAAACGCCCUUAUGUCCGGAGCAGCAGGCUGGGUGGUAUUUGCCCGGUUGUAAGGCGGCUUGUGUCUGCGAGAUUCAGACAACCAACCAGUGAGGUUGCGAAUAUAUAAUUAUGUCUCGACGCUGUAUCG